AUGGAACAUAAAACACCAGGAUUGCAAAACUGGGAGAGCGUCCCGGAGAAUCGAAGUGCUGGAGGCAGCAGGCUGGAAGAAUUCGGCAACCUCUCUUCUCAGUUUCAGGGUAUCCAGCUGAUUCAGUCUUUCAAGCCUCUGAUCAUCCCCUGCUACGUGCUGGUGGUGUUCAUCGGCAUCUUUGGCAACUACUUGUUAAUCUACGUGAUCUGCAAGACCAAGAAGAUGCACAACAUCACCAAUUUCCUGCUAGGUAACCUGGCUUUCUCGGACAUGCUGAUGUGCGCUACCUGUGUCCCCUUCACUCUGGCUUAUGUCUUCGAGCCCCGGGGAUGGAUCUACGGCAGAUUCAUGUGUUACUUUGUGUUCCUCAUGCAGCCAGUCACGGUGUUUGUGUCUGUCUUCACCCUGACUGUCAUAGCUGUGGAUCGCUACUAUGCCACUGUGCACCCUCUCAAGCGGAGACUCACCAUCCCUAGCUGUGCCUACCUGUUAGCUGCCAUCUGGCUGAUGGCUUGUCUCCUGGCAGCCCCGGCUCUGGUUCACACCUACCACGUGGAGUUCUUCCACCAGGACUUGACCAUCUGCGAGGAGUUCUGGACAGGCAUGGAGAAGCCCAGGCUGGUCUAUGCUUACAGCACCCUGGUGGUCACCUAUGUGCUGCCCUUAUCAGUCAUCUCACUAUCCUACCUGCGCAUCUCAGUCAAGCUGAAGAACCGUGUGGUGCCUGGCAACAUCACCCAAACCCAAGCUGAGUGGGAUCGGGCUAGGCGCAGGAAAACAUUCCGCCUCCUGGUGUUGGUGGUGGCCGUCUUUGGCCUCUGUUGGCUCCCUCUCCAUCUCUUCAAUGUGAUCAAAGACAUCGACAUUGACCUGAUUGACAAGCAGUACUUCAACCUGAUCCAGCUGCUGUGCCACUGGUUUGCCAUGAGCUCCACCUGUUACAACGCAUUCAUCUAUGCCUGGCUUCACGACAGCUUCAGAGGGGAGCUCAAGAAGAUGUUCACCUGGCAGAACCAGAAAGUGGCUCCCAGUGCUCACUGUGUCAUGACCAGCGUGGUUCUGUAA